CGCCUCCAUAUACGGGAAAGAUAAACUCUCGACAAACGUCCGGGCACGCUGUUAUAUUGAAGGGAGGAAGUUUACACUUCCAGUAAAAACAACAUAGAUAUGUCGCUCUCGGGAAGAAUCUGCAUAGUGACCGGUGCCUCCCGGGGGAUAGGGAAAGGGAUAGCCCUACAGCUGGGGGAGGCGGGGGCCACUGUAUAUAUUACAGGAAGAACUCUAGCAGCACGCCCGGGGGACCCUCUAGGCGGAUCCCUGACAGAAACUGCAAGCGAGAUUGAAUCAAGGGGCGGGAAAUGCAUCCCAGUACAAUGCGAUCACUCAAAAGACGAGGACAUUGCUGCAUUCUUUGAGAGAGUGAAAUCUGAACAAAAUGGCCGACUUGACGUUCUCGUUAACAAUGCUUAUGCCGCUGUAAAUGCAAUUUCUGAAAAUAUGGGAAAACCUUUCUGGGAGCAACCUUUGUCAAUAUGGGAUACGGUUAACAAUGUGGGCUUAAGAAACCACUACAUAUGCACAGUGCUUGCUGCAAAAAUGAUGGUUCCAAGAAAACAGGGACUUAUAGUCAACAUAUCUUCUGCAGGGGGUCUGGCAUACCUUUUUAACGUGGCAUAUGGCAUAGGAAAAGAAGCACUGGACAGAAUGGCGGCGGAUUGUGGAGUAGAACUUAGGAAACAUAACGUGGCCGUGGUCAGUCUAUGGCCGGGACCAGUCAUGACAGAACACGUGGACCAAAUGCUUCAAACCAGCACGAGUGCACGACAAAAGAAGAUGUUCGAAGGCGCUGAAUCUGUUGAAUACGCCGGGAAGUGCAUAGUAGCUCUUGCAAACGACCCAAACGUGAUGAGCAAAUCUGGAAAAGUGCUGAUGACUCCUGAGCUAGGACAAGAGUACAAUUUACGGGACAUUGAUGGUCGUGUUAUAGACAGUAUGAGACAAAUUAACUGGUUGAUGGCACGCAAUCCGAACACUGCCUGGAUGCAAAGAUGGCUUCCAAACUUCUUGAGAAUGCCUUACUGGAUGUUCGCUUUGAAAGGAAGCAAAUUUUGAUAUGAAAGGGGUGCUGUGUCUUCUGACUACUUGUGGUGCCAAAGUACAAAUUGUGAAUAAUAAAAAUUUAGCCGAAAAAUACACAGGAUUUUUACAAAAUACAGAAACGGGUAUAUAAGUUCACCGAUCGAUUUACACGCUUCUU